AUGAGAAAGCUUAGUUCAGUGCUGCUGGCCGCUGCCGUGCUGGGGGCAGCCCACAAGGUGGAGAGCGGCGACCCGAAUGAAAAAGGAUCGGCUGCCCCCGCCGACUGCCUUGCCGACUUCAAUGCCGCUCGAGAACGAGCAGGCCUCGAAGCCUUCAUUGCAGAGACGGACGCAACGAAGAAACUGCCGACAGGGGAAGAAAAAAAGCCGGAACCGCUCGCUCGUGGCCCUGUACAACCCCAACAAGGGCGCCACAGUGAUGUGUAUGCAGAAAGCCGGAACCGCUCGCUCGUGGCCCUGUACAACCCCAACAAGGGCGCCACAGUUGACUGUGCCUACAUCACUUGUCCAGUCUCCACCACGACCACCACUACCGUUGCUACCUCUGCAGGAUCAACUGAUAAGGAGGAAGAAGAUGAUGCAGACGGGAGCAAAGAGACCGUUAACGGCUUAGGCGGCGAACGAGAAACUGGGGGCCCAGCGAGCUCGGGAGAGCAGCCAAAGACCGGGCCGACAGUUCGGCGCCUCUCGACUCCGUCGGAGACGGUUACUGGCCUCGUUUGCCUCACUAAUCCUGCAGCACUUGAAAAUGAAAAAAAGCCUUUUUCGUAA